AUGUCAAAGUCAUCGUCGUGGCCAAAGGCCAAGACGGUUGUAAAGAAAUGGCUCAACCUCAAGGACUCCGAGUUCCACUCCGACUGCAUCGAUGAGAGGUUUGGAGGAGAGACGAUGAGGAGGAGGAAGAGCUGCUCCGAUAGAGACGACCUGUCAGGUGGCUGGCUGGUGGAGGAGAGCUGUGACGACCUGCGGCGGCCGCCUCUUCCCCGCCCCCGGAUGUUCGUUGGGACAUGGAACGUAGGAGGGCGAGCGCCGCACGGAGGGCUGGAUCUCUCGGACUGGCUCACCGACGACGGUCCUGAUUCCUCCUAUCCUCACAUCUACGUCCUCGGGUUCCAGGAGAUCGUGCCGCUGAACGCCGGCAACGUGCUCGGCGCCGAGGACAAGGCCCCGGCGCGCAAGUGGCUGGACCUCAUCCGGCGAGCGCUGAACGGCCCUGCAUCCGACGACGCCACCUCCUCCUCCUCCUCGUCGAGCAGCAGAAGCCACAGGCCUCCCUCGGACACGCACCUGCUCCAGAAAGGCGGACGGGUGAGCUUCUCGGACCUGCUGGCGGCAGCGGAGGACGACAGCCGCAGCAGGCCGAGCACGGAGUCGUCGGAGCCGGCGGUCCGGCGGCACCGUGGCGGACGAUACCGCUACCGGCUGGCAGCCAGCAAGCAGAUGGUGGGCAUCUUGCUGUGCGUGUGGGUCCGCGCCGACCUCCUCCCCUGCGUCGCCGGCGUCAGGGCGUCGUGCGUCGGCAGGGGCGUCAUGGGCUACAUGGGCAAUAAGGGCUCCGUGUCCGUCAGCCUCUCGCUGCGCGGCGGCGCGUCUCUGUGCUUCGUGUGCACGCACCUCGCGUCGGGUGACAGGGACGGCGACGGCGAGCGGCGCAACGGCGACGUGGCCGAGAUCCUGAGGCGGACGAGGUUCGGGCGGCGGGACUCGCCGUCGCCGUGCAGGGCGGCGGCACCGAUGACCAUCUUGGAGCACGACAAGGUGAUAUGGCUGGGCGACCUCAACUACCGGCUGAUGGAGGGAGGAGGAGGCACGCGGGAGCUGGUAGAGCGGCACGAGUGGGCGGCGCUGCUGGAGCGGGACCAGCUGCGGGCGGAGCAAAAGGACGGCCGCGUGUUCGCCGGGUGGGAGGAAGGCCGCAUCGCGUUCCCGCCCACCUACAAGUACGUGGCCGGCUCCGACGCCUACGCCAUGCUGAGCAUCGCCAACUCCUCGUACUCCGCCGCCGCCGCCGACAGCUCCCGGUCCCGGGACAGGAAGAAGCGCACGCCGGCAUGGUGCGACCGCAUCCUGUGGCGCGGUGAGGGGAUGGAGCAGCGCUGGUACGCGCGCGGCGAGUCGCGGUUCUCCGACCACCGCCCCGUCGCCGCGCUCUUCUCCGCGCGCCUUGGCGGCGACGGCGGCGACAAGCCAGCGCCGGCGCACUCGUCCAGGUUCUGA